GUCUAUCGUCUUCCAUGCCUACCGCAGUCGUGCAUUUCACUUUCGGCUCUUUCGGUGAUAUAAUCGCCUUGAUCCAGUUGGCUAUAGCACUGAAGGACUGUCUUGCCGAUGGCGCGACUAUGAGGAAAGACUUGGAAGACUUUGUCCACUUCCUUGAACUCUACAUCAGUGCUCUGCAAUGCAUCAAGUCGGUAUUGGAGUCCAGAUCGGCUCAGCAGUUGCAACCAUCCUCGCGGAAUGCGAUCAAAUACGCCCUAGCCGUCUCAGUGAACCUCGUUCAAGACUUCCAAUCGCAAAUAGAUGGCUUCAAGCUUCCACAAUGGUGGGCUUCGGUCCUACUACGGACCUUCCGGUGGGCCUUCUGUACUAAGAAGGCGUUGUCGGAACUUCAAGAAAAGCUUUUGGCUCAAAGUAAUAUGAUCACUUUGUUGCUGUCGCUAUCAGGGUUAGGCAUCACCCUCGACCUGGCUGCCAACACAUCAUAUUUGCAACUCCCGCCGCAGCCGAGGACGCAUAGCGUCGCAUUAGUAGAUUUCCUUGAUCAGAGAACUGAUGUACCCGUAGACAUCUGUUUGGACCAAUCUGCAAACGUUUGACGAAUUCAUACGGCUAUAUUUUAAAAAUCGUGCUGGCCUAUCAUUUGUCAAACGUGGUGCUUACGAUGUAGUCAUGACGUCUGGCAAAGGCAGACCUCAAUCGCCUUGGGACGUCAGAGUUCAGCCUGGUUCGACACUAAGCAUGAGUGCCGUCCUUGUCUCUGACAAGGGGGACCGAGGACAAUGUCCACGCUGCAACAGACGGAAUCCUGUGGAGGUUGAAGAUGCAGAAAUUCAAUGCUUUUACUGUCAGAACUUCUUUCGUGUCGCUGAGAUCUCGGACUCCAUUGAAGACAGUUUGACUAGCCGCCAGAGGAGCACGACGGAAACCGGAAAUUCGACAGACGGGUAUCACGGGUCUUCUUCGACUCAAAACCAAGAUGGUGAAGACGACGACGACGACGACUUGCAAUACAUCAGACGCUUCCUAGUCAAGCUAUCGUCCUUCCCCAACACAGUCAGCGAUUUCAGCAAAUUGACAACGGAGUAUCUGAAAAUGCUGUCAAAAAAACAAGAUCAUCAGUCAUAAAACACCGAUGCCAGUACACCAACCACUGUUACAGCGG